AUGCAGGUGGCGGAAAGGGGCGGGGGGGGGGGGGGGAGGGGUGUAACCUUAUCGGCUCCCUACCUCCCCCCCCCCCUUCUUGGCUACGCCUCUGCUCAUUGGUGUGCGUUAUACGCUAAUAUAAAAUACGUUCUAAUCUUUACACCACUUCGUCUCAAUGUGAACCUGCGAUACGAGGCUAUUACGAGCCCAAGAAUUACAUUUGUCCUGGUCAAUGUUAUGACACUAAAAGGGGGAGACUCUUUUACGAAAACCAUAGAGGCAGCAGAUACCUUGAGGCCAAAUCGCAAUAAAAGAUACAUGCUGGCUCGAAAUACCCUUGAAAAUCUUGCGUAUGCUAUUAAAACCAAAAAGGUCAAUGUUGUAGCAGACCUGAUCGUCUUGAUUACAUCGCUGGAUCUUGCAGAACAUGAAAGUGGCAAGCUUUCCAACAGCGUCGUGGGCUUUGCCCACCUCGGGGGAGUGUGCGAGGCUCAUCUGCGUGUUGCCGAAUCAGAAGACGUGCCGCAUACACACAGCAUGGUCCCUAUUUUGUCGCACGAAUUCGGGCACUCGCUUGGUAUGGUGCAUGACGGGGACAAAGCACAAUAUGGCACUCCUGGAAACAAACAUCUUGUAUGCAACCCAAAAGAUGGCGUCACAAUGGCGCCGGUUGCAUACGGCAAGCGGAUGGGACAGUGGUCCUCCUGCUCCUUGGACCAAAUGCGUGGAUUUCUCUGGUAA